CUGACUGCAUGAAUGUUUGACGUAAUAGAUUUAAGCUCUCUGAAUCAGUCCUCUUCAAGGAAUGGAUGACAUACUGCAGGAAAAAAUACAUAAAGAGAACAAGACCAUGCACAUUGAGUUCCUUCUGCUGGGGUUUCCAAACAUUCACAGCUUCCAAAGUGUUUUCUUCUGCCUUCUUCUUUUUUACUUUGUGACAGUAUCUGGAAAUCUUACUAUUAUCUGGCUGGUGGUAUCCAACACAAGCCUACAUACACCGAUGUACUUCUUCCUCACACAACUGUCCUUGUCUGAUAUCAUACUCACCACAAAUAUUGUUCCUAACACACUUAGCAUUUUAUUGCAACAAGGCAAAAUUAUGUCUUUUUCAGAUUGCAUGACCCAGUUUUACUUCUUUGGUAGCUCUGAAUCUUCAGAAUGUUUAUUUCUUACCGUGAUGGCUUAUGACAGAUAUCUUGCCAUUUGUACACCAUUACAUUACACUGCAAUCAUGCACCAUGCAUUUAUCUUGAAAUUAGUUAUUGUAUCUUGGUGUUUGAGUUUUUCUUUGAUAUUAAUAUCUACAAUAACAGUAUCAAGGCUGCAGUUCUGUGGACCAAAUGUUAUUGAUCAUUUCUUCUGUGAUCUUGACCCUCUAAUAGCCAUCUCUUGUUCAGACACUUCUAUCGUAAAAAUGGCAAUUUUUAUAUUAUGUUUUCUUCUGAUGAUUAUCCCACUCAUAAUAAUCUUAAUGUCAUAUACAUACAUUGUUCUCAGCAUCAUUAAAAUUGCCUCCACCAAUGAGAGAGGGAAAGUCUUCUCCACCUGUGGAUCCCACCUGUCUGUUGUGUCUAUAUUCUAUGGGACACUGAUUGGAAUUUAUAUUCUGCCAACUAAAGGCCUGUCAACAACAUUUAGCAAAGUCAUAUCUUUGUUUUAUACAGUAGUGACCCCAAUGCUUAAUCCAAUAAUAUACAGCUUGAGGAAUAAAGAUAUAAAACAAGCCAUUAAAUACUGUAUUUCUAUAGUUAUAAGUCAAAGAUAA